AUGGUAGAGUCGCCGGCGAUAGCAGACACGUCUCUGUUUAGCGCCCCGUUACCAUUCCAUUACACGAGCGACGGCGCAGAGCAAAAGAAACGGGAUAGCCUCGGGCCGACACCUUCUGUAGAUCAGGUUCUCUGUGUCCUCGAUUGGGCACAACAGUGCGCUCUACGGGCAGCGGAGGAGGCGAUGUGGAAUUCGGCCGUCCAUUUCCCGCUGUUGAAGAUGGCUGUUCAUGGUGGAGGCAGAGUCCCGGCGGGAGGAGACACGACGACAGUUGGCCUGACCCAGUGCACCACGGCCCGCAUUAUCCAAGAAUACCUUCCGAUCUAUGCCAUUCGGCAGUCUUCACUCUGGCAGUCCAUCAACCACACCUUCUUCGAGGGCUUGCUCGAUCGUCCUAUCGUUCUGAGUUGUGAGUCUAAGAGACUGGACUCGGAAGGCACGAUCCAAGCCACGCUCCAGAUCGGCUUGUGGCACGCCGCGCAGUGGAAGCAUCUCAAGACUUUGGCUGUACAGCAGCAAAGCUCAAGUCAGCUGCCAACUUUUUUGCCUGCUGUUAUCAUCUCCGGGCAUGAUUGGUUGUUUGCAGCCACAACUCAAGUCCAAAACAAGACGAUUCUAUGGAAGGAGUAUCCAUUUGGGCACACUCGUGACGCUUGGGGGGUUUACAGAAUCAUCUGUGGCCUUCAAAGGCUCAAAGCAUGGGCGCUUAAUGACUACUGGCCGUGGUACCGAGGUCAUAUACUUGGUUUAGCAACGUGAUAAUGUUAGUGCCACAGUAAUACAUCAUUCCCGUCUACAAACUUACUCCCGAUGUCUAGCAAUGUUGCAAUAAGACCAAGCUGUGGGAUGCGAAGAGCGGCGCCUGCACGGCGGCACUCGAGAACGACGGCCAUAGCGGCGGGGUUACAUCUGUGGCCUUCUCGCCCGAUGGCAGACGCGUGGCCUCGGGGUCGCAUGAUAAGACCGUCAAGCUGUUAUAUUCAAACAACCCAACAUGUUGUCAGAUUGUACAAUGCUUUCGUUGAUUUUCCAUGUUUCAAAAUGCUUAGCAAUUGAGCAUUGAAAUAUAAAAAUUAUAAGCAUGUUUGAAUACCCAAUAUAAAUCAAUAACAGUC